UUGUCGCCAUUUUGUUUAGUGUACCGGAUUCAAGAGGGAUCCAAACCGUAUUGCCUGAGUGAUUUAAGUUUAACUGAAUAAAUAUCGUUUUGUUGCACAAUUAUUCUGAUAUCAUAUAUAGUCCAUUCUCAACGUAAACAUUUGGUCCGUGGAGGCGGAUGGUGUACUGGAUAGUGCAACAGAUUUCUGCUGGAUUGAAAACUUUGAUUGGAUUGGUGUUGACAUUUUCUGGAUUAACUCCGCAGAAACAGGAUUCACUACGCUCGAGAAAUUGGAUAUUCCCCAUAAUAAACGAAGGAAGAAAGAGAGUUUUAAAAGAAGAAGAUUUAUACGAAACUUCUAAAUAUCACACUUCCGAGUAUCUUGGGGAUCAGUUUCAGAAAGAAUGGAACAAAGAAUUGGAGAAGAGGAAAUCGAGCAUAUUGAAAGCUUUAUUACGUUUUGUUGGUUGGAAAUACUUAAUAAUAAUAUUACUUGUGCUCAUUCAGGUAUUAUGACAAAUGAUUUCAAACAGGUUGAAGCAUGAGUGAUUUGCAACAAUUUGGUAAAAGAAAAAUCACUUCAAAGUGUAUCAUUCUCGGCGUCCGAAAAUUACGAUCAGG